AUGCGGCUGCUGCAAACUCAGAACUCGCUCUCUGGGGCAGGAUGUUCACCCUCAGACGCACACACCCCCCAAGGCCGCGCGUCUCCUACCAACCCUGCUGGUGACCGGCUGCUGGCGAGGGCUCUGCCCCGACCCCCUGAAGACCUCCCUGCUGGGCCACAGCUGGGGGUCCCGCUGCUGUCCAGGCUGGGCCCCCGCGAAGAGGGCCAGGCCCCCUGCACUCCCAGACCCUCUGACCUUAUCACCAGGGUCGGCGGGCUGCCCAACCCCCCUUCACCACCAUCCAGACUGGCCGAUUGUAGCUGCUUCAGAGGUGGCAAAAACGGCACGAGACUAAUGAAACGGCGCUCCAAACCUGAGCUCCAGACUCCAGCGGUCAGUGGUCUCUUCCAUGGACCGUCGGCCUCGCAGCAGAACCCCACUGCAUCUGGAGCGUUUGCACACGUGUUCACUCAGGAACUGCACAUUCAUUCCACAAAUACUUCCACGCCUACCCCAUGCCACCCACUGGCCCAGACUGGGCAGACUGAGCUCCCUCAGUUUACAGCCCCGUUAGGAAACAGUGAUGGGGACGAUGAUGGUGAUGAUGGUGACGGUGACUGUGAUGAUGGUAGUGACAGUGAUGGGGACGAUGAUGGUGAUGAUGGUGACGGUGACUGUGAUGAUGGUAGUGACAGUGAUGGGGACGAUGAUGGUGAUGAUGGUGACGGUGACUGUGAUGAUGGUAGUGACAGUGAUGGGGACGAUGAUGGUGAUGAUGGUGACGGUGACUGUGAUGAUGGCGGUGACAGUGAUGGGGAUGAUGGUGAUGGCGGUGACAGUGAUGGGGACGAUGAUGGUGAUGGUGACAGUGAUGUGAUGAUGGCGGUGACAGUGAUGGGGACGAUGGCAGUGACAGUGAUGGGGACGAUGGCGGUGACAGUGAUGGGGACGAUGGCAGUGAUGAUGGCGAUGACAGUGAUGGUGACGAUGGCGGUGACAGUGAUGGGGACGAUGGCAGUGAUGAUGGCGAUGACAGUGAUGGGGACGAUGGCGGUGACAGUGAUGGGGACGAUGGCGGUGACAGUGAUGGGGAUGAUGGUGGUGACAGUGAUGGGGACGAUGACGGUGAUGAUGGUGACGACAGUGAUGGGGACGAUGGCGGUGACAGUGAUGGGGACGAUGGCAGUGAUGAUGGCGAUGAGUGAUGGGGAUGAUGGCGGUGACAGUGAUGGUGGUGAUGGCAGUGACAGUGAUGGGGACGAUGGCGAACCACGUCGCAUUGUACGAAUGGGCUGGUUUUGCCCAUCCGUUCACCCAUCGGUGCACAGUGGGGCUGCCGUCACUCUUAACUACGGGAACGGCGUUGCUAUGAGCACGGGGGUGCGAACAUCUGUCACGGGCCCCGUGGAGAACAACAGAGAAGACGACAGCCUGAUCCCGAGUUCCAACGUGAAGCACCACCAUUACUGGCCCUUCGCCACAAGCGAUCUGUACAACUGGAGGUCCCAGAAUGCUCCGUUCUCGGAGAAUCCCCGUGCCCUUAUUGACCUAUUAGAAACUGUUUCGUUCACUCAUCAGCCCUGGGAUGAUUGCCAGCAAUUGUUGCAGGUUCUGUUCACUACUGAGGAGCGGGAAAGAAUCCAGUGGGAAGCCAGGAAAUUGGUUCCUGGGCCCACUGGAGUUCCCACCACUGACCAGGCUUGAACUGACACUGGGUUUCCCUUGGCACGGCCGGAUUGGGACUACAACUUGGCUGAAGGUGAGGAGAGUCUAGUCUACCGCCCGACUCUGUUGGCAGGUCUCAAGGCUGCGGCUCGCAAGCCUGCUAACAUGGCUAAGGUAUACAAUGUCCGUCAGGGACCCGAGGAAAGCCCCGCGGCAUUCCUUGCGAGAAUAAUGGAGGCAUUCCGCCCGUGCGCCCCUAUGGACCCUGAGGCCCCAGCAAACCUAGCUGCGGUGACCAUGGCUUUUAUCAACCAGUCUGCUCCCGACAUUCGGAGAAAAGUUCAGAAAUUAGAACGUCUAGGAGAAAAGAGCCUCCAAGAUCUAGUGGCUGUGGCAGAGAGGGUGCACAGCAACAGGGACAGUGCAGAGGACAAACAGAUGAGAGCUGAGAGGAGACAAAACCAGGGCUUGGCCGAGACCCUACUCACGUUGGCUUCAGGAGAAGAAGGUAAGGAGAACUCCCAGAGGCUCAGAGGGUGCCCCCGAUUAGGCAAAAAUCAGUGUGCCUACUGCAAAGAAGAGGGACACUGGGCCAAAAAUUGUCCCAAUAGAAAGUCCAAAGCUCCCAUUCUAGUAAUGGGAGAGGACAGCGAUUAGGGGAGACGGGGUUCAGCACCCCUCCCUGAACCCAGGGUAACCCUAAAAGUGGAGGGGAAGUCCACCGAGUUCUUAGUGGACACUGGGGCUCAACAUUCUGUGCUCCAGCAAAGCUGACCAGCUGGCCCCCUGUCAAACAAGACAUCAUGGGUCCAGGAAGCCACAGGGACGAAGCAGUAUCCAUGGACUACCCGAAGAACGGUUGAUCUUGGUGUGGGCCAGGUACCCCACUACUUUAUGGUCAUCCCAGACUGCCCAUACCCCUUGCUAGGCCACGACCUACUGACCAAGCUGGGAGCUCAAAUCCAUUUUUUGGCCGAAGGGACUAGGGUAUUGGACCAGGCUGGGCAGCCAAUACACGUGCUCACCUUGGGGCUGAUGGACGGAUAUCACCUGCAUGAGGUGCCGCUGACACCAGAUGCAGGGGUCCAACCUCGGCUCCAGCAGUUCCCAUCAGCGCGGGCUGAGACUGGAGGCAUGGGGUUAGCAAAGCGUAGGCCCCCAGUGUUCGUGGAACUGAAGCCUGGGGCAGACCCGGCCCGGGGCCGCCAGUACCCCAUGUCCCUGGAAGCCAAAAAGGGUGUAACUCCCCAUAUCAGACGCCUACUAGACCUAGGAAUUCUGAGGCCGUGUCAGUCGGCCUGGAAGACGCCCUUAUUACCUGUCCGUAAGCCAAAUUCUCACGAUUACAGGCCUGUACAGGAUCUGAGAGAGGCCAAUAAGCGGGUAAUGGACAUCCACCCGACGGUGCCUAACCCCUACACCCUGUUGAGCUCUAUUCCACCUAGCCACAUCUGGUACACAGUCCUGGACCUAAAAGAUGCCUUUUUCAGCCUCCCACUGGCUCCCAAGAGCCAAGACCUCUUCGCUUUCGAGUGGCACGACCCUGACAAAGGAAUCAACGGACAGCUAACAUGGACCAGACUCCCCCAGGGGUUCAAGAACUCUCCCACCAUCUUCGACAAAGCUUUACACAAGGACUUGGGUGAGUUCCGCUCCCCAAACCCCCAACUGACUCUUUUGCAGUACGUGGAUGAUCUGCUUAUUGCGGCUGAGAGUCGAGACACCUGCUUGACCAGCACUGAGAAGUUGCUGCAAACCCUGGGGGACCCAAGAUACCGGGCCUCUGCCAAAAAGGCCCAGAUCUGUAAAGAAGUACAGUACCUGGGCUAUAUCCUCAAGGGAGGUAAGUGAAGGCUGUCACUGAGAAAAGAGAUGGUCCUAAGAAUCCCUACCCCUAGGAACGCCAGACAAGUGCGGGAAUUUCUAGGAUCAGCCGGUUUCUGCAGACUCUGGAUUCCUGGGUGCGCUGAGAUAGCCUGACCUCUGUAUGGGGCCACGAAAGGGCAGCCUAACUUCCUCUGGACUGAGGAACAUCAAAGGGCUUUUGAGACUUUAAAACAGGCCCUCCUGUCAGCACCCGCUUUGGGCCUAGCAGACAUGACUAAGCCGUUUCACCUGUUUAUAGAUGAACAUGGAGGAAUAGCCAAGGGUGUCCUGACCCAACGUUUGGGCCCAUGGCGCCGCCCAGUGGCCUAUCUGUCGAAGAAACUUGACCUGGUGGCUGCAGGAUGGCCCCCAUGCCUCCGCAUGAUAGCGGCAGUAGCUCUUCUGGUUAAGGAUGCAGAUAAACUGACACUGGGACAAGAGUUAAUUAUCACCACUCCCCACGCCAUCGAGAGGGUCUUAAAACAACCGCCAGACCGAUGGCUCAGCAAUGCCCGCAUGACACACUAUCAGACCUUGUUGCUUAAUCCUACCCGAAUCGUCUUCCGCCCCACAGCCCUGAACCCAUCCACACUGCUGCCGGAUCCGGACUUAGAAGCACCCUUACAUGACUGUGCCGAGGUCAUGGCUCAAGUUCAUGGGACCCGUUCUGAACUGAGAGACACUCCACUUCCAGAUGCAGAAGUUACCUGGUUCACAGGCAGCAGCUUCAUGCAGGAGGGACAAAGGUAUGCGGGGGUGGCAGUAGUGUCAAUGGAGAAAACGAUAUGGGCAGAGCCUUUGCCCACUGGCACUUCGGCACAGAAGGCCAAGCUCGCAGCCCUAACCAAAGCCUUGACUCUGGGAAAAGACAAAAAAUUAAAUAUAUAUACAGACAGCAGGUACGCUUUCGCUACCGCACAGGUCCAUGGGGCCAUAUACAGAGAAAGGGGACUGCUCACAGCUGAGGGAAAGACUAUCAAAAACAAAGAAGAAAUCUUGGCCUUACUAAAAGCUUUAUGGCUCCCCAAAAAGCCAGCUAUUAUUCACUGCCCAGGUCACCAAAAGGAUGAUAAUCCGAUCUUUAAGGGCAACAACCUAGCAGACCAAGUAGCCAAGCAAGCUGCUCUUAGGGCCAAUCAUAACCUGGCUGUUACCCUGGUUGACCCUGGAGACCCUACUCUCCCUAAAGUCCCCGAAUAUAGCAAAGAAGGUUUACAAUGGAUCAAAAAGCUGCCUAUGACCAAAUACCUAGAAGGAUGGUAUAAAUUGGCAGAUGACAAGCUCAUCCUCCCUGAAGAUCUAGGGAUGAGAGCCCUGACCAAGAUACACCUUGCCUACCAUAUGGGAAUCAAAAGAAUGCAAGAUUUGCUUCUUGCUGGCGACUCCUCCACUGGGGACCCUUUGCUCGGCGUGAUGUACGUAGAGUCUCCGGCCGCGCUGCCCGCACGAGAACAUCAGGCCUACCGUGCUCUCGGCAUCCACAUCUCCCUGAGCCCCCGC